AUGUAUCAGUAUCUUGACGAGUUUGACCAAAGUUUGAAUAUACGUCUAAGAAGGGAACGAUCACGGAGUGUGGUUUCUUAUAAGGAAGAUAAUGAUCAUGAUGAUGAAGAUCUCAAGAAGAGGAGGUACUCGGCAGGAAGCAGGAGAACGCCGGUGUCAGACCUUACUUCAUCGUUGUCUACCGACUUUUUCGAUUUCAGUUCUUGUGGUGACGUAGGUUUUUUUUGAAAAUUAAGGCCUAAAUUUGCAAGUUAUGUAUCAAACGAAUUUUUCACUUAAAAUUUAAGUUAAAACAAUAUUGUUUCACCUUCCAAUCAAAUUUCAGCGACGAUCUGAGAAGAACAUGAAAUUUAUCGAAGCAGUUGUAAAUACAACCUUGAAGUAUCACCACAAAUUUGUGAAAGGGUCCGGGCGUAAGCAAGCGAAUCAGUUUGUCUGGGACAGUAUUAUCGAUGACCUUUUGAAAAAUUAUCCUCAAUUUAAUGCGCCAGAGAUUCGGAAGUUAACCCAAAGAGUAUGGGCAUGGCAAAAAAACAAGGUGUGGUAUGCUUUCACCCACUCUGAGUCUAAUACACUGACAGAAGUGAGUUAUUUUUUUUAUUUUUGGAGUUAAAAUUGCUUGGAAAAAUGAAAAAAAAGUUUGUUUUUGAAAAUAUUUGGACAUUGUUUGGGCUUGGGAAAUUUAUAAAUUCAGUGGAACUCCUGUAUAACGAACUCCUUUAUAACGAAAAUCCCAUAUAACGAACAAAUUUUGAUCCCCAUCUACCACUACACACUGCUUUUAAAACUCCUCUAUAACGAAACUCAUUUAUAACGAACAAAUUUCAAAUCCCCAAGCGAAUUGUUAUACAGGAGUUCCAUUGUAUUUCAAAAUUCCUGUAUACUGGAAUUCCUUUAUAAGGAGAAGUUAAAAACCCUCAAGCUAUUUAUUUUUACAGGAGUUUCACUGCUAUAUAAUUUUGCACAGCUUUGCUGAAAGGUAGUUCACGUUUGUCAGGAAUGGGAAAUAUUUGUAAUUUGGUUGGUUGAGAAUUAUUGAAAAAUAGGAAUAAAUAAAACAGUUUUUAAAAAUAAAUAUUUCAAAAACAUAUUUUAGCGGGUUGGUCGAGUAUUGGUGUUAUAAACUGUUCUUUUAUGUCAUUUUGUUUAUAUAGUUUUAAAAAAUUUAAAAUGUCAUCAUUAAAACUGUUUAAUAAGGGUGAGAAAUGGGCCGUGUUAGCCGGACCUUGAUUUACUGUUGAAACGGGCCGGGUUUAAACGUUGGACUCCGGUCCUGGGGGGCAAAAACUGUUUCUCCCUUUCUAAAGUAUAAAAUCAAUCUUAGAAUUUGAAGAUCGGUUACCUAUAUAUAUUUCUUAACAAUUCUGAAUGAACUUCGUUUUUGUUUUAUUUCUUUUCAAAUUUCAUACCUAUUUAUUGUUUUUUAGAUGGAACAGCGGAUUAAAAUGGCUUUGCUCAGCAAUUCUUCUGGAUCUUCAAUGACUGCACCUUUGUCCAGAGCAUCUUCAGUUUUUGAAGGCGUGGAAUUUGAUAACAAUGAUGAAGAGCCGUAUGGAGAUUUCGAUGCACCAAGAGUAAUUUUUUUGAUCUACGAAAGCGUUUUUGAUUAGAUUGAAUAGUGCUUUUAUGUAAAUUAACUGAAAAUUAGAAGAUUCAAAUUAUACUUGAUUAUACCAACCUAUUUGAUGAGUUGGUAGAUGGGUUUAUGAGACUUUAUUUUAUUGUUAGGUUGUUCAAGUAAUUCUGUGCCUCAAAACCUUGAAAGUUAGUUUUGAAAGGGUGCACAGAAUUAUUUGAACAAUCUAGUAUUCCUGAUAUUGCUUAAUAGUUUUCAAUGCUUUUGGUGAUUUACUAAUAGCUUCCAUAUUAAUCAUGAACAACUUCAGUUCUCAUUUGCCGAGCGAAAGUACCUGAUAUGUGAACUGUGA